AUGGCGUGUUUUUUUAGUUCUCCUUAUCUCGUGUUCGGGGCCGCGAUAUUACUCCGGGUUGUUCUCUUGUUUUACGGCCUCUAUCAGGACUCUCAUUCACCCAUGAAAUAUACUGACAUCGACUACUAUGUUUUCACUGAUGCCGCCAAAUUUGUCUCGGAAGGCCAGUCGCCGUAUGAUAGAGCAACUUACAGAUACACGCCAUUACUUGCAUGGAUUCUUCUACCGACCACAUGGACCGGCCUCGGUGGCCAGCAAGUCUGGUUCUCCUUUGGCAAAGCUUUGUUUGCUGUCUCUGAUAUCAUUGCGGGAUGGCUGAUUCUGCAUGUUCUCCGCUCCCAUCAACGAAUGGAUAUGCAGCGGGCUCUUAAAUUUUCAAGCAUCUGGCUGCUGAAUCCCAUGGUUGCUACUAUUAGCACCCGAGGGAGCUCAGAGGGUUUUCUAUGCGUUACGAUCAUGGCGCUACUCUGGGCCGUUCUAGAGAAACGAACUAUACUAGCUGGCGUCCUUUUGGGUUUCGGCGUACAUUUCAAAAUAUACCCUUUCAUAUAUGGUCCGUCCAUUAUCUGGUUUUUGGAAGACGAGGGAAACGACGCAUUCAACGGGUCGAAAGGGUUUACUCUCAGCAAUUUGACCGACUACGUCUGUCGACUUCUAAUGCCUCAGCGUAUAAUCCUUGGCUUGACUUCCCUUGUUGUGUUUGCAGGGCUGAAUGUAGCCAUGUAUAUGCUUUACGGAGCUCCUUUCUUGCAACAUACCUACUUCCACCAUGUCACUCGCGUCGACCAUCGCCACAACUUCUCCCCUUACAAUAUGCUACUCUACCUUUCUUCAUCUGAGAUCUCCCAAGGCAUUCCCGGGAAUAACUUUGAAUCUCUCGCUUUUCUACCUCAAUUAGGUCUUUCAGCUAUCCUUAUACCGCUCGCGUUGGCCAAGAGGGAACUUGCUGGAAGCAUGUUGUGCCAAACAUUUGCAUUUGUCACCUUCAACAAAGUCUGUACAAGCCAGUAUUUCCUCUGGUACCUUGUGUUUUUACCGCUAUAUCUUCCCUAUUCCUCUCUCAUCAAACAACCGCUUUUCGGAAUUACUGUUGCCGCUCUGUGGGCAGGCGCACAGGUGAGUACACACUCUUAUGUCGAGAUAUCGUCAUGUAAAGCAGGGAUUACUGACUAGUCACCUCUACUAGGCACUCUGGCUUCAUCAAGGUUUCCAGCUUGAGUUCCUUGGAGUUUCAACCUUUGUUCCAGGGCUAUAUCUCUCAUCCCUUGCAUUUUUCGUGAUAAAUAUCUGGAUUCUGGGUAUUAUUAUUUCGGAUAUCAAGGGCCUUCCUCUGACAGGAAAGGGCAAGGCUAACAAUCGGAGCCCUGCCGCGGUGAAGAAAGAUACGUAGCUUUUGAAAUAAUAUUGAUCUUUUACAAUAAUACUAUAUCUUCAAGUCAGUGAACUCUUUUGAGGAUCAGAAAAUAUUAUUAAAUCUGGCUACAGACGUAUCUCAAACAAAUAAGAUAAGGACAAAGAGACAGAGACAGAGACAGAAGAAAGACAAUGAUCCCAUGAGCCUUAAAAGGAGAAAGUAAUAGGCAGUUAGUAAACAGACAGACGGGGCAGGUCCGGCAGGCUUACAACUCAAGACGCCAUUGCCAUGCGUGACAAACAAAUAUUGGAACCUUGGAAGAAGCAAAGAUCCUGUCAUUUAAAAAAAAAAAAAAAAAAAAGGUCAGGCCAGGAGGCCUUUUCUUUGGUGGUUCCACUUUCAACUCUCUCACUUCCGCUAAUUGCCUUAAUUAAACCUUUUUGUGUGUUCUUUCCGCGCCCAGUUCUCCUGACACCAUGCAAUACAGGCCAAAUAGCAGAAAAGGGGGUGAUUCAACAGAUGUUUAUUUCCCUAAAUCAGUGUGGUAAGGAAAGGAUGGGUGAAGGGGAAGGGGAUGUUUUCGAAGAUGUCGACUUUUCUCCACGAUCUAGCCAUGAAAGGGAGGAAAGGAAGUAGAUUUUUAGUAAUAAAAAAAAAAGUAGUCUGUGUAAAAUAUUGAAGUAAGCUUCGGGUAACGCUUGAACGAGAUGGUGAUGACUAGGAUGAUGUUGAGCCAUGGGUCGCGACCGUAAAAGGAGGAAGUAGGCUGGCCAUGGCGAAGAUGGGUGGUGAUAAGGGGGCGAUGGAUGGGUCAAGGCUUCGACUUGUCGGCGAUAAUGCGGUAGCAGCUCGUUUUGAUGCUAAGAGGUCUGCUUCGGGGAUAUGAUCGCGUGCCUGUUCGCGAGUUGAUGCCGUAAUCUUCAAGGAUACCAUUAUUCAGCUCUGCGAACUGCGCCUCUGGCCUGUUUUCUUCGAGUGUUUUAAGGAUAGCCUCGCUCCAUACGCCCGUGCAGGU